CGCCAACUUUGGCGCUGGGCUUGGAGCUUACAAAUGAGAGCUCUCUACCCAUGUUUAGAUGACUGUGAUAUGAAUGACACGCAACUCGUUCAGACUCUGACUGAGUCCUUCAUUGCUUUGUCGGAUGAAGUCCAGUCACUGAUUGAUCGCAAGACCAUUCUGGAGCACAAGCUGCGCUAUGCACACGAGCAGUAUCAGUAUCUAGCAGACAAGUAUGCGCCUGCUGGCUCUGACGUGUCUGAGACGCUAGCAAAACUCCAGCUUCCUCCGGAUUUACAAUAUCCUCUUGCGACGGCCGCCUCAGUGGUUCCCUUGCCAAGACGAGGCCAGACCGGCAGCAGCCAACAUCGGGUUGCGCUGCUCAUAAGGGAAGGACGCAAAGCCGCCCAACAGCUGCGUGCAGGUGCGCUCACUACAGAUAGAGGCAUGGAGGUGAUAACUUCGGCGCCGACCGUCCUCGAGCAGGACUUCACGGUCCUAGGCAAAACGGGCGACCUGGCAUGCCCAUUCUCGGCCAAGCUGAAUCAAGACGGCGGCCUUACACAUCAGCCGGUCGACAGCCCCCAGGGCCCGGCUGGCGUAACGGCUGAUCCAUCCCCGCACAAGUCUGGUGACCCUAUUUGCGCUGCUAUGCUCGACGAGUCGGGUUCGGCGACUGCACCCGCAGCUUCCAAGUGCCCGAUCCGUUUCCUUGACAGACACUCGCCUGAAGAAAUUGCCCGCUACGUUGAGAAGCACAAGCAUGAGAUUCCUCGAAGCCAUGAAGUCUGUGUCAGGAGGUACCAAAGGAACGAAGAGCAAAUAAGAAAGCUCGAUGCCAAGUAUGGUAAUCUCGUGAACAUGGUCAAGGACUUGAGCCAUCUGCACCGCCCCAUGUUACCGCCAACUAAAGAGGAUGACGAGGAAGCGGAUAGGGCCUCAAACAAGAGAGUAGAAGAUUGGGCCCAGAAAGUUAUGGCCGGUGACCCGGGCCAGGAAGACGAAACCGCCAUAGAUGACGAGCGUGAAAGCCGCUUCGACCGUCCCAUGAGGGAUGUUCGCGUUGGAGAGUCGCCCAGCCGGCCCUGGGGGAUAUCAGUACCAGUUGAGGCCGGUCAUGACUCCGAUGCCACCCACCAGCGCGAGCCGUCUCCACCCAGGCCUGUCGAGGCUCUCCAUCCUCCUCAAACUGCUUUCAAAGAACCAACGGCUGCGAGGAAAUGCCCGUUCGAUCAUCUAAAAAUGAAUUCCACGGCCGCUGCCAUGCGAGAAACUGGCCGCGAUGCGGAUGCUCCUGUCAAGCGUCCGGUCACACCCGCGAAGAAUAAUGCACCGCCGUCGAGCCCGCCGCAGCCGACGUUUGUUAACCUGCCUGAGAUGGCUGCUCCUUCGGCAGAGAAGGGGGAGCGUCCGCAGGUCGUGUUCAAUAUCUCCGGCCCGGUCUUUAUCGGAUAUUCUAUGGACCAGGCAAUUCAGUUCAUGCAGGCUUUUCAGGGCCGAUGAAUAGCUGGGCAUCUUGGGCGUUGGUUGUCAUUAUCUGUUCUCCAUGGUUUAAAGCAUUGUAAGCAAGGAGUUGGGGGAACAAUUUCAAGAUACCCCUGAAUUUUACCUUAGGCCUACCGAAGCGUGCUCGAUAUUUCGAAGGGUUGUAAAUGAUAUCGUCUUCAAAACCCGGCUGUCUAUCCCAAUUCCAAUUCUAGAUGGCUGUACAAUAAAACAGCUUCCUCAACCCCAACGCCGCAACAUAUGCAAGAGCUUAUACAACAAACC